CAAAAUUCUUCGGUGUUCUUUUUUUGGAUAUAACAAUGGUAUCUAUCCCCAUUUCAACAGAAAACCCGAACUGUGGCUGCCGGCAUGACUAAGCAUCGUCUCCGCAAGGCCACAGUAGCCACAAACGCAGCAAACACACUCAGAGCUUCAUUUCAACAUCCGCCAGCACAGCAACACAGCAUCAAUUGGGCAUCCAUUAUAGGCAUCUUUUGUGAAAUACACAUACACAUACACGCAUAUAUCCCCUCCUUCUCAGAUAUCUCAAUACCGGGCAUAACCAAUGCAACGGUAACGACCGUAAUGACGGACAUCACCCCUCUCGUCCGCGAGCUCCUCAAGGCCCAUGGCACCAGGGUGACUCAACCCAGAUCCAAAUCCGGGGAAGAGCAGCGGCCGUCAACAGAGACUGUAGAUGAGUUUUUGAAGGAGGCGUAUAGAAUAAACGCCCAUAUAACCUCCCUCCUCACCUACUUAAAGUCCAUCCGGCAAUCAUAUCUUUCCACCUCCCCGCGGUCGCAUUUCUCCCAAAAUACCCACCCCCAUCGCCGCCAUUCAACCACCACCUCCCUCCAACAACCACCAGACCAGAAACAGCAAACCCUAACCGACACGGACCGCGACACAAUCGACUCGUCCACCGCCCUCGUCCUCCGCGACCUCUCCAGCUCAAUCAGCAACCUCGCCUCCGCCGAAACCCUCCGCCAAGAAACGCAAUCGACUCUCCUGCGCAAGAAAUUCGGGCUCGAUUAUAAGAACAGCGCGCUGUGGAAAUGGGCUGCCGGGGGAAGUCAGGUGGAGAAGAGUGCGGGGACGGGUUCGGCAGAGCAGGCACGGCUAGAGGAGACGGAGCGGACGCUGAAGACGGUUCGGGAGAAUGUGUUGUGGUGGUUGCGGAGGCGGUUGGAGGGGGUUGCAGAGGUGCAGAGGGGGAUGGUGGAGAAGCGGAUUGAGCGGGUUCGGGAGAAGGAGAAGAGUAUUUUGUAUAAGAUGAGUGGUGUUGCUGGGAUUGGGGCUGGUGUAGGUGGAGUAGGUGCAGGGAGUGAGGGAGGGUCGUUCCCGAUGAGGGACCGCGUUGCCGGUGCAGCUGAUGUCCCGCCAGAUAUGAUUGAUGAGAAAGAGAAGGCUGAGAUUGAAUCGAAGCUGUCGCCGGAGCAGCUGCAGUUAUUUGCGCAGGAGAAUGAGGGACUGUUGAAGCAUUAUGAGGAUACGUUGGGCAAAGUGAAGAACGCCGAGAAAUCGCUCCUAGAGAUAUCCUCCCUGCAGCAGACGCUGGUCAUGCAUCUAUCCACGCAGGAAGAUUUCAUCAACCAGCUUGUCUCGGACGCCGCCAGCACAGAGGCCAAUGUAGGGCAAGCCAAUAAGGAUCUCAAGCGGGCCACUGAGCGGCGGAGCACGGCGCAGGCAGUCUUUUGGGGGACUGUUGGGCUGUGUACGUGGUUGAUUAUUUGGGAUGCUAUAUUUUGAUUCGGAUAUAUAUAUAUAUAGCCGUGGAUGUGAUUUAUUCUGGCGGGAUUCUUUGUGGACAGGUGGUACAUGUAGGAGGAGGUUAGUGGUAAUUGAUAAAGGCAGACUGUACUAUUUUUUGCAGGUAUUUCAUGCUUGUUAAGAUCUCACUGAACAUGGCGGUGUACGAAUGUACAGAGUACAUGUACCUUGUACGUACAUUUACCUACUUUAUCCAUAACAUACAUUUCGCUAUCACAGACAGCUCCUAGGCGUUUGUAUCGAUGGCAAUAAACGUCAAAAACUAAUCGUAAAUAAUCGACAUCCAUCCUUGCUGGGCUUGACUAUUAUAAGUUAUCUCC